AUGGCUUUUCAUCGCCCUGCAUCCAGCUACCAGCCUUGCGAUAGCUUCUUCGUGGAGACAUACGACGACUUCCGUGUACCCCGGAUGGACCCCAAGGAACAUGCCAGGCUCAUUGCCCGUGAACGUCAAUAUGCCAUUGCGGAUGAACUAUCCAAAAUGACCAGUGAUGAACUGCGUGAGGAUAUUGUGUCUCACAUGUUGGAUAUGGAAGCUACUACUCUUCCGGACGUGGAAUCGAUCGAUAUUCAAACCGAGAUCCAAUGGUUCAUGCGCCCUUACCUUUUAGACUUCCUGAUCGAAGCACACACUGCCUUCCAACUUCUUCCUACAACGCUGUUCCUCACCAUCAACCUUCUGGACCGAUACUGCUCCAAGCGUGUGGUGUACAAGAGACAUUAUCAGCUCGUUGGAUGCGCAGCCCUCCUCAUUGCCGCCAAGUAUGGCGACAAGAAGGAUCGUGUGCCUACCAUCAAGGAGCUGAAGUCGAUGUGCUGCUCGUUGUACGAUGACGACAUGUUCAUCCAAAUGGAAUGGCACGUUCUGCAGACCUUGGGUUGGACCAUUGGACACCCGACCGUGGACAGCUUUCUUCAAGUCGCCGUCAUGGACUCGCCUUACGAGCCUGAGGUUGAGCACUUGGCUCUUUACAUCCUGGAAAUUGCCUUGUUUCACCGCGAGUUCGUCUCCAAGCCUCCGUCGGACCUUGCCCGUGCAUCGUUGGCUCUCUCUCGCUGCAUCCUUAACCGUCCUCAGCCUCGUCAUACCGAGUGGGCUGCUCAAUACGAUUCGAUGACCCUGGUUGGGCUCUCACAACAGCUUCACCAGCCGUCUCAGGUCUUGGCCCGGAAGUACUCGUCGGCCCACUACUCCAGGGUUUCGAAGCUCCUCGAACAGUUCCUGGCCCGCCAGGCUUCCAUUUCCAGCUACACCCCGCCUUCUCCUCCGUCUGAAGUUCCCGCAGAAUCGAAGCCGUACCAUGGAGAGAUUGGCCUGGCCACUCCGCAAAAGAACAACCAUCUUUCGGACAUGGCAGGCUACCUCACGCCGCCCAUCACUCCCGAGAAUGAGGCAUUUGCCCAUGCUGGCAACUCUCACUUCGUUAAGGGAGCUAUGUGCGCAUCGCCGACUCCCCCGCCUACCAUGCAGUACGUGACUUCCCAACCUUAUCAUCAAGCGGAGGCCACGUAUGUCCAACAAUUCCAGCCGCAGCCUCAGAUCGCUUUCCAGACGGGCUUUUAA